GUUACUGACGUAGCCCAGCGUGAGCCAGGCAGAGAGUUGAAGCUUCUGCACUUCAUCUAUGGCCAACCCAACCUGGAUGAAAUCCGCGGCCACCCGCAAAAGGUGAUCGAUCUGAUCCACAAGUUUGAGGAAGAAUACCACUUGAUCAACGUCGGGCCUGAGAAGGCCGAAAUUGUCAUCCAGCUUAUAGACGAACUCAAGCCCAAGACCAUGAUUGAGCUUGGCUGCUACGUGGGCUACUCAGCAAUCGUAUUCGGUGACGCGGUCCGUCGCAACGGUGGCGAACGCUACCUGAGUCUAGAGCUCAAUCCGGAGUUCGCAGCCAUUGCCAACAUGCUCAUCGAACUGGCCGGCUUGCGCGAGUUUGUGAGCGUGAUCGUCGGUCGUAGCGAUGUAUCCCUCCACAAGUUGCUUAGCUCGGGUGACGUCAAGAAGAUUGAAUUGCUCUUCCUCGACCACUAUAAACCGGCAUACACCACCGACGUCAAACUAUGCGAGCAUUUCGGAGCAAUUGUGCCCGGAUCAGUGCUCGCCGCCGACAAUGUCCUUUACCCGGGGAACCCUCCAUAUCUGGAAUUUGUUCGCAGCACUGUGGCACAGAAGCGCGAGAAGGCCAAGGCUGGACCUUCCACGGGCUAUGAUACCACCGGUAUGAGUGAGCGCACGGUGCUGUCAUUCGUGGGUAAAGACGACGUGCCCACUUUCGACUUUGUCGGGAACCCGAAUUUGGUGUACCAGAGCAAAUUGUGUCAACCGGAGGGAUUAAAGGACGCCCUUGAGGUCACGAGAUGUGUUGGAGUGGAGGAAUAG